GAAGAAGAAAAACAGUUGGCUGAGUCCAAUCAGAAAUCUAAUUCUGGAAGAGAAAAUGGGAAACGGAGAGGGACGUUUAGAUGCUAUCGAUUGACUAAAUUCCCUAAUACUCAUCUUCAACUUCUCAACAACACACUCUCUCUCGCCGAUCAUACCGCAUUCACUGUCAAUUUAUUGCAUACCCUUUCUUUGAUUUCUUGGGAACUGUUGGAGUUUGGUGCUGAUUUCUUCCAAAUUGAUGAACAUGCCAAACUCAGUGGCGUAUGAUUGUGAGCAUUGGGUAUAACUGCACUUUCAUGGACAUAAGGGAAAGAACUCGUGUCCCUUGUCAUACACCUCCAGCAAUGGAUAUGGAAUUAGAUCAACCAAGUCUUCUUCCAGAGCUUUCUCUUUCUAGCCAGGGAGCCUUCUCACGGUGGAGUAGCCAUUCGAUGGUAACAGCUUCCAGAAACUCAAUGACUCCUGAUGCUCAACAUCUACCUGAGCAUGCUAAUGGCGCCAUACUCUAUGGAGUGAGCCAACGCAGUGGUUCUAGGAUUCAGUGUGCUCAAGAUUUACAUGUCACAACUGCUGCCAAUUCCUGUUCUUAUCUGACCUCACCAUAUGGUAAUCACAAUCAGCAUUUACCAUCUCCUAGAAAUGGAUUGAUUGGAAAUCCUGCAGAUACAUAUGCCAGGAAUAGUCAUUUUAUUGAAGGUGGAUUUCCGUACAAGAGAAGAUUUUCUGAAGGGUUCCCUGUCAGUUUCCAGGGUCCCAAUAGUUCAGCAAGCUUCGAGUCUUUAAAUGCACCUUUUAAUUCAAUACAUGGCUAUGCUCGUAGCCAUUUGAUUAGAGGAGACAUAAUGGUUCAGCACCAACAGCCAGCUAACAAUGCUCUUUGGUUAGACCACCCUGUAAAUUUUAACUUUGAAGAUCGAAGCACUUGGACCUGGAACCAAGCUCCUGCUGGUUUCCCUAUUCAUGGGGACAGUGGGAUUAGAGGCUUUUCAGAAAGUUUUAACUCAGGAAUUCAAAGUUUUAGUGAAAUGUCUGGGAUGAGUUCUCCAAAUUUCCAGCAUCCUCCUUCCACAAUAAUCCAGCAUUCGAGUCAUCGAGUUCCAUUACCACAGGCACACUUGCAAGGACAAAGAAGCCAAAAUAUCAGUUUACAUCCCCAAGCAGCAGCUACUACACCAAGGGUUACUUUGAGUUCUGCUUAUGGGAUCAUGCACCAGUAUUCUGAGCUAGAGCCUAGGCAUACAAGAGAUCUUCCAUUUAAUGACCACAUAACAUAUAAUUUUCAUCAAAGCUGUGUUGAUCCAGAGACAAUGUUUCGACGCCCUUCAACCUAUCAACUGAGAGUUCCAGAGGAGGACGAAUUCUCUGUUCGUGGGGCUCGGGCAUCAGCUUCAGCUUCAGACUCCAAUGAUAUUGGAGGUUUUAAUGAUACAUACAGAGAUAUGCGCCUGGAUAUUGAAAACAUGUCAUAUGAGGAGCUUCUUGAAUUAGAGGAACGGAUUGGCUAUGUCGGAACUGGGUUGUCUGAGGAAAUAAUUAUGAGUCAGCUGAAGACAAGCAUUUCUAUAUCAUCUGCUAGGGAUGUAAAUUUAGAAGUCGGCGCAACCUCUAUGAAUGAGGAAACGAAUUCAUGCACCAUAUGCCUGGAUGUCAUUGAUGACGGGACAAAGAUCGGAAUCCUUGAUUGCGAACAUUAUUAUCAUGCAGAUUGCUUAAAACAAUGGCUGCUCAUAAAAAACGUUUGCCCAGUCUGCAAAUCGGAGGCAUUGACAAGAUGAAUGAAUUGGGCUGAUUUUGAACAGUUGAGUUACGGUUUAGCUUUAGCUGUUCAUUGACGAUCAAACAAUGAUCGGUUUAAACUAUAUUGUACGUUUGUAAAUGUCUUGCACAUAUAUACAACAAUAAGACUCCAACUCAUUUUUAUUUUGUUGGUUUCUUAAACUGUGAAUGCAUUUUUGUACAUAGUUGUGUUUA